UUUUGAAAGAGAAAGAAAGAGGGCUCUCUCUCUCUCUACACUUUCUCUCUCUAUAUUCUCAUCGCUCCAUCUUCUCCAGCAUAUGUUACAAUGCAAGCACUUAACACACCUGCUGCAAGCUGUGAUGACGAGAGAAGGGACUUGGAGUAUUUGCUUGAAGCAUUUAGCUCAAUGGUUUCUCUUAAGGACAUAGCCUCCGCAUACUGCCAGGCGAAGUGCAAUGUAGAAAUGGCUGGUGAAAUUCUUUGCAGAUCACAUUUAACUUCCUCAAACGGUGCUAGUUCCUCAAAAGUUAAGCUUGAGGGUGCAAGCGCAACUUCUUUGGAAGGCCCGGAAUCUGGACGGGACUUUGCAAGUGCAGUUCAUGCAGGUGUGUCAACCGCCAAAAGUAUUCAGAAUCCCUUCAAUGGAAUGGACAACACCAGAGCAUUGAAGUCAAAAAAACUUUCUGCUUCAGUGGGUACUGUUUCAGGGAUGAUUGGAAAGGAGUACAGUAGGCCCAGAGCAUCAACAAUUGAAUAUACUGAAGUGAAGAAACCAUUAAAACUAGAUUGGAAAGAAGUGCCUGCCUCUGCGAUAUGGAGUGAAGAAGUCCAAUCAACCACGCCACCAACAAACAGCAAACUGCAAGCUGAUGCUGAAGAAUUUCUGUGUAAAAUGCUUGGAGAGGGCUUUAAACUUGAUAUGAAUGUGAUCCGAGAAGUUCUUGGCCUUUGUGGAUAUGAUGUGCAGAAGAGCAUGGAGAAUCUUCUUUUCAUGUCAGCAUCAACAUUGGAGAAGUCUGAUGAUGUUGUCGGCUUAGCUGGUUUGAAGUCUGCAGAGAAGCGUCCAGAUCAACAUUCUGCCCAUAGUGAUUUAUCUGAAUCACCAGUAGGAGAAGGAGAUGGGCUUCUUAGCCAACAGGUUUUACAAGCAUUGUUUCAUGUUCCUGAAAGAACUGACGAAGCACCUAAAAGAAGUCUCCCAUCGAGGGAAGUGAAAAGAUAUAAAUACAAGGGACUUAAGGGAUACGUGGUUAAACCAUUUAUAGACACGGUUGUAGAAUGUAAAGCUACUGUAGCACUAGCACCACAAGGAGUUUCCGGGCCAGAUGGAGAUGAUGAUAAUGGCUAUGAGGUCCUACGUAAAUCUGUGAAAGAAUACUGGAUCACAAUGAAGGAAUACUAUAAAGCUGCUUUUAAUGCAUUUUGUGAGGGUGAUCGUGCACGUUCAGACAAACUGCUAGAGAAGGGACAUUACUUUAACAAAAUGGCACGGGAAGCAGACGAAAAAUCUGCUCAAAUGCUUAUUCAAGCUCAGAGUAGUGAAGAUGAUGUGUCUCUUGACUUGCAAAACCACGAGCCCAAGGAAGCUAUACGUCUUCUAAGAUCUCAGUUAACCUAUCUCUCUGGCAUCCCAGCUUUCAAGUAUCUUCGGGUCAUAGUGGGAUUGAAUGAUGAAGAUACAACAGGAGGAGCCCGGAGAAGACUGAUUGUGAAGCAACUGGAGAAGGAAUCGAUCAAAUGGACCGAGGAGGAGAACGGGAGGACAAUAUCGAUCCGAGUGGAUGAAAUUGACCCGAAAAGCUUGAGCUUCUCAAAAAAAUGAGUGAAAGAAACAAGAGCUCAAUUUGAGCAGAGCAGAAGUGGAACUUAAAGAAGAGGCCAUGCCAUGGUAAAUGCUGGUUUUGUUAGGGAUGCUGUCCAUUUGGGGUUUGAGAUGAACUUUUCUUUUGUGGGAAAUUUAUGUUACAAGAUUUUAGAGAGAUGAAAUUCAAGCAACACACCCUCUAUUUACGUAUAUAGAAAAAUACGGAUGUUUUUAAUUUGAACCUAAAAAA